AUGCCUCCGAAAGCCGUCUACGAUGUGGUCGUGGUUGGAGGAGGUCACAAUGGACUCACUGCGGCGGCCUACUUGGCGCGAGCUGGGAAACAUGUUUGCGUCCUUGAAAAGCGAGGAAUCUUGGGAGGAGCAGCAGUUACUGAAGAAGUCAUCUCAGGUUUCAAGUUUUCCCGAGCUUCAUACCUCUUGAGUCUUCUGCGUCCUGUCGUCAUCCACGAUCUCAAACUGAAGGAACAUGGGCUUCGUUAUCACAUUCGGAAUCCGUCAUCGUUUACUCCUAUCAGAGGAUCCGAAAAAAGUCUCCUGCUGGGAUUAGAUAUGAAGGAGAACUGCCAAGAAAUAGCCAAAUUUUCCUUACGCGAUGCUGAGAUGUUCCCCAGGUACGAACAUUUCAUUCAACGAAUCGUGAAGGCUCUUGAACCACUGAUGGACGAAGUUCCAUUAGACAUGAGCGAACCAUCUAAAAUGAAGUUUUUAAAGAAAGCAUGGAGGCAGUUCCGAUCAGUGCAAGGGAUCGGCGUUGACAAUGCUGUCGACUUCUACGAGCUGAUGACCGCACCUAUUGCGAAGGUGAUGAACAAGUGGUUUGAGAGCGAUGUGCUGAAGGCCACGUUAGGUACGGAUGGAGUGAUUGGCUUCGCUGCCAGCCCUUACGAUUCUGGAACGGGGUCCUACGUUUUACUUCAUCACGUCUUGGGAGGACUGGACAAUCACUCCGGUUCAUGGGGAUAUGUGAUGGGCGGCAUGGGAGCGUUGUCCGAGGCCAUUGGGAAAGCUGCAAGAAGUCACGGUGCUGAGCUGUUCACUGAUCAGGAAGUAGCGUGCAUUUUGGUAGACAACGGUGAAGCUAAGGGAGUCAGACUCACUAGUGGUAAAGAAGUUCAUGCUAAAACGGUUCUGUCAAACGCCACACCAAGAGUAACCUUCGAGCGGUUACUGAAAGAAUCCGACCUGCCUCUGAAAUUUAUCAACGCGGUGAAGUCGAUUGACUACACAUCUCCUGUAACGAAGAUAAACGUAGCCGUGCGUGAACUGCCCUCAUUUUCGUGUCGACCCAACACUUCGCCUGCUCCACAGCCUCAUCAUCAGACAACAAUUCACAUCAACUGCGAGAGCAUGGAUGUCGUCCAUGAAGGCGUCAAAGAUUUUCGUAAUGGUCAGUGGAGCCAAAGGCCCGUGAUCGAGAUGACGAUUCCGUCAGUGGUCGAUCGGUCAUUGGUUCCAGACGACUCGUCGCACGUAAUGUCGUUGUUCACUCAGUGCACUCCAUACACCUUGAAGGAGGGCCCUUGGAACGACGAAAAGAAGAAGCAAUAUGCGACUCACGUGUUCAACGAAAUAGACUGCUACGCUCCGAACUUUUCGGGUUCUGUUAUCGGUUACGAAGUUCUACCACCACCAGACAUCGAACGGAUCUUCGGACUCACAGGAGGGAACAUUUUCCAUGGUUCUAUGACCCUCGACCAAUUGUAUUUCACCCGGCCAGUUCCACGGUACAGCAACUUUAGGACGCCGAUCAAAGGACUAUUCCUUUGUGGAAGUGGAGCGCAUCCAGGUGGAGGAGUGACAGGAGCUCCUGGGCGAUUGGGAGCUCUGGCUGCUCUUUAUGACUAA